AUGGAAUGUUUCAUCCGCACAACUUCACCAUAUCUUUACUCAGAAGUCAUAGAGCCCCUGCAGCUGGAAACGAGCUCUCUUUACAACAGCAAAGUGCAUUUGAGUUACAUGAUUAAAGUGGAAAGACAAUACAGAAUUGUGCAUCUGAAACAACAAUUCUUUGCCAGGGAAAAUAUGCUGAUUUAUACUUACAAUGUGAAGGGAGAACUGGUUGCAGAAUAUCCGUAUAUCCAGGACAAUUGCUAUUACAGUGGAUAUGUGGAAGGAGUCCCAGAUUCUCAAGUCGUCCUCUCUACCUGCAACGGACUUUGGGGACAUAUACAAUUAGAGGCCUUAACUUACGAAAUUCAGCCGGUGGAAAAUUCCUCCACGUUUCAACACUUGAUUUCCCGGAGCAAUUGGGAGGCGCGAGAACCCUGCGUGGGAAUUUCCGAAGAUGGCGCCAGCGGGCCAGGUAGAGAAAUGAGGACGGUGAGGACGGAUGAGGAUGCAAAUCUGUCCACCAGACAGCAAGGGGACCAGAACCAGAUGGGCCACCGAUACCUGGAAUAUUAUGCCGUUGUUGACAAAAGUGUGUUUCUCCUCUACGGUAGCAACGAAACCGUUCUGGUGUCGGUAAUCUUUCACAUGAUGCUCCAUGUUCACACAAUCUUCCUCCCGCUGGGCCUCCACGUUUAUCUGGUCGGCAUGGAGAUCUGGAGGGACAAAAACUACGUGACCCUCCACCCUCACGACCUGCCUGCGAACUUGAACGCUUUUAAUAAGUACGUGCGGUACAACCUCCGGCAUCGCGAGCAUUUCGACCACGCGGGUUUAAUGACGGCAACCGGGAAUCUUCCCGGAUUUUCGUGGCGAGAAUGGCUUUGUCAUCCCUCUCAUGUCUCCGUGAGCAUCAUCCAGAUACGUAAAAACCCUCGAUUUGAUGCCGAAGCCAUCGCCCACCAGCUGGGACAUUCCCUGGACUUCACGCACGAUGACGCACAGGCGAAUUCAGAGAAAAAAUGCGACUGCAACUGUACGGUGUUUGGCAGCUGUUUGAUGCUGACUUCCGGUCCGGCGAACUGUUCGAGGCUGAGUAAUUGCAGCACCCUGGAGUAUCUGAAGCUGAUUCAGAAACCUGAGAAAAGCUGUUUGCUUGACAAACCUGCCCAGGUCUUCAGCACGAAGGAGUGUGGAAACGGAGUCAUCGAUGACGAGGAGGAACAGUGCGACUGCGGAGUGGAAGAGGACAUAGAAGGAACCUGGAUCCAAAGGAUUUUCCUGAAACAAGGAGGGAAGCAGCGGCAACUUCAUGAAGAGGGCACUUCGGCGAUCAGAAUUGUCCUUAUGAAUGAGGAAUACCCCAAACUCAAAGGGCCCGCUGAGUGCCGGAAGAACGGCUGCUGCCAGAAGGACUGCCAGUUCAAAAAGGACAUCGACUGCCUCUACGGACUCUGCUGUGAGAAAUGCCAGUUCUCCCAGGCGGGAACCCAGUGCCGAGAAGCCGCUUCGGAGUGCGACCUGCCCGAGUUCUGCAACGGGACCUCCUACGACUGCCCGACGGACGUCUACAAGCAGGACGGGACCCCCUGCGGCCACCACGACCAUUGUUUCCUGGGACUUUGCCUGGACCUCCACACGCACUGCCGGGCUCUCUUCGGGCCGGAUGCCCGAGAAGCCCCCCUGAGCUGCUUCAAGACGAUGAACAUGCCCGGUGACCGCUUUGGCAACUGCGGCAAGGAUGGCUCGUAUUUUCGGCCGUGUCCUGAGAAGGAUGUCCUCUGUGGGAGAGUGCAGUGUGUGAACGGGAAAAUCUCGAGUAUCGCGAACGGACAAGAGGUACUCCAGACUCCCGUGGACGGCACCCUGUGUUGGGGGACCGAAUUUGACCUGGGGGAGGACAUCUAUGACCUGGGAGCCGUGCGAGAUGGAACGAGUUGUGGGCCCGACAAGAUCUGCUUAAAUAGAUCCUGCGUGGAUGUGGCGGUGCUGGAUUUCGACUGCGAUCCCGCCGUGUGUCGACACCGAGGAGUCUGCAACAGCAACCGGAACUGCCAUUGCUCUUACGGAUGGGCGCCUCCCUUAUGCAGCGACCCAGGGUAUGGGGGGAGCAUCGACAGUGGGCCCCCUCCACCCUAUCAGCUGCCCACCAUCGUCAUCGUCGGCCUCUUCACGCUGAUCGGCCUGGUCGUCCUGGCAGCGGGAGUUUACAUCUCGCGUCACGUGGACGCCAUCAUUAAGUGGAUUGCAGCGAUUCCCAAACGGCGCCCCCAAAAAUCAGCCAGUAAAAGAGCCCUGAGAGGCAGAUCCUCCAAGACCGGCGUGAAGCGGUCGCGUAGCGACAUGAGAAGCUCUUCUUCCAGGAGGCUCAAAAAGUCCCAAAUCGCCAUUGCACUGGAAAAUCAGAGAAGUCUUCCGUAUGUUAAGAGUCCGGAACUGAAAAGCGCCAUGUCCACCUCCAGAGCUGGGAAAUCCAGAUUAGACGUCACCUUCGCCACCUAG